GGCCAAAGUUGAAAGUUUACCAUGCCCGAUGUGAAGAACGAAAGCAUGCACACCGAUGUGGCCAAGUUUAUUAAAUUAGUUAAAAUGUAACGUUAUCUUGUUGUGUUUGUGUUAACGUUUGAAUAUGUCUUUAAGGAAGGUGCAUGCUUCAAAUCAAAAAUUGAACCAUUUGAUCUACCAGUAUUUAAAAGAGAAUGGCUUCCAGAAAGCUGCAGAAGAACUCAAGAAGCAUGUGAAGAAGGGUGGAGAACCAGAAGCCUUGUCAACAUCACUACUGGAGAUCUACAAUAAAUGGUUCGGAGAUACUUCCAAGACCACAGAAAAGGGAACAGAACCGGAUUCUUCCAAGUUAAAAAAGAACUGUCAAGCAGACCCUGAAAGCAGCACAGAGAGCUCAAGUUCAGCAGAGGAAGAAACAAAACCUGUUAAAGGCUCCCAGACCCCAAAGCAUCAGAGCCCAGCUACUGCCAGACCAGCUAAGGGCAGGGCUGCAGUGCAGAGCACCUCUGGAGGAAAGGCCACAGUGGGGGAGAGCUCUGGGUCUGACAGCUCAGAGGUCUCUGAAGACUCAGAGAGUGAGGAGACACCACCACAGAAAAUCCCUGUGACACCCAAAGCCAAUCAUGUUCCAGCUGCAAAGGUCAAGGCCAGGUCAGCGGUCACACCAUUGACCCUGAACAAGAAACCAGCAGAGAGCUCAGACAGUGACAGCAGCUCAGGGAGUGAAGAUGAAAGCCAGAGUCUGCUUCCACAGACAACAGCUGCCACAACUACAGCUACACCAGUGAAGCAACCAAAACCAAGUUCAACAGCCAAGACAAAAGCCACUCCUGCUACCCCAGCUAAACCAGUGGUUGCUGCUACGCCAAGCAAGGCACCAUCUACUGCCCCAGCCACACCAAAAGGAAAGAAGGUGACCACAAAAGACAAGAAAGCAACAGCAACAAAGAAAGCACAGGCCUCAGCUUCAUCAGCCAAGAGGAAGAGAUGUGAAGAGAAACCAGGGGACAUGCCCGCUAAUAACAAGAGGAAGAAGCCCUCCCCUCCACAGGCGGCGACUGUCAUGGUCGCCAUGCCUCAGACCCCUCCUGUUCCUCCUCCUACUGGGGGUGACGAGUCUGACUCAGACUCUGACACCGAACUGGAUGUGGAGAAGUGGAAGAAACUGGCACGGGAACUGUCAGACGCUGAUAUUGCCAAAAUAGACACCAUCACUGCACUGAAUGCUCCACCUGCUCCCACCUCACCUGCCUCAGCAGCGAAGAAAACAAGAGCACCGAGGAAGCCCAGGGCUAAAUCUGCACUGGAAACACCCCCCAAUCCCAGGGCCAAAUCUGCAACGAAAACACCAAAACCCAAGGCUGACGCUGCAGUGAAAAAGGCUGGUCAUGCUAAAAAGUUCAAAGCUACAACUGAAAAAAAAGCCAUGGCUGAGGAGAAUGGGAAGACCAAGACACCAGCAAAAGACAGUAAAGCCAAGUCUAGUCAAGUGAAGAAGGCAGCACCUCCCUCCCCAUCCCCUGAAGGCCAAGCAGAGGAGAUCAACAGUAAUACAGCUGACCUAAUAGUUGUAGCAGACAAACAGCCACCCUCCAUGCUCUCUACCACAACACUUAAUGGAAAACAGACAGCCAAGAAAGGAAAGAGGAAAAAUGGGAACAUUAGUAAGGCUAAAGCAGAUAAGAAUCUACCAGAACCCAAGAAGAAGAAAAAGAAAAAGGAGAUUGUAGAGGAGAAGACGGAACCAGAGAAGAAGAAAAAGGAGAAGACGACUAAGGAGAAUGGGGCAGAAAAAGAGAAGGAAAGAAAGAAGAAACAGGAGAAGAUGAGCAGGGACAAUGAGACUGAGAAGAAACAGGAGAAGAUGAGCAGGGACAAUGAGACUGAGAAGAAACGGGAGAAGAUGAGCAGGGACAAUGAGACUGAGAAGAAACGGGAGAAGAUGAGCAGGGACAAUGAGACUGAGAAGAAACAGGAGAAGAUGUGCAGGGACAAUGAGACUGAGAAGAAACAGGAGAAGAUGUGCAGGGACAAUGAGACUGAGAAGAAACAAGAGAAGAUGAGCAGGGACAAUGAGACUGAGAAGAAACAAGAGAAGAUGAGCAGGGACAAUGAGACUGAGAAGAAACGGGAGAAGAUGAGCAGGGACAAUGAGACUGAGAAGAAACGGGAGAAGAUGAGCAGGGACAAUGAGACUGAGAAGAAACAGGUGAAGAUGAGCAGGGACAAUGAGACUGAGAAGAAACGGGGAAAAGACAAGAACAAGACCAAAGGGAAUGGCGUUAAAAGUGACCCACUACCUCCAUCCACCACAGGAACGCCUGAUCCUCCAACAGAGAAGAAGAAAAAGAAGAACAAGCUGAAACUCUCAGUGGAGAUUGCAGUGCCUGAGACUCCGGUCACCCCUGUACAGGCAUCCACAAAGACCCCUCCUAGAAAGGUAAGGAAGCUAUCAUCCUCAUCUUUACCAAGGUGUAGAAGUAGUAGCAAGACAGACACACAUGCUCUUUCUUGAUGUUGAAUUCCAGCAUGUUUAUACUGCUCACUGCAUGCCUUAGUCCUCAGACCUAUAACUGUUGCAAUAUACAGAGAGCCUUAAAUGUUUUUGUUUUUGUUCUCCUCAGAAAAAUAAAUCAUCUAAGAGUAAGUCAGGCCUUUAGAGAUGAAGGUCACCUACAAUGGGGCUGUGUCAAGUGUGGACCUGGACCCAGGAUUCUACCUAAAUGGUAGUAAUGGUAAAGACUGUCUGUCCACACAAUGGUCUCCCUAGACCAAAUCAACUGGGCCAAGCUUUUCAAAAGUUAUCUGGAUUUCGCCUAUCGGAGAGGUUGAAAUGCAUAGAAAUAGAAUGAAUAGAACAGAAGUCCCCAUUCAAGUCAAUGAUUUGUCUGUCCUAUUCAUUCUAUUUCUAUGCAUUUAAUUGUAUCCGAUAGGCGAAAUCCAGAUAGAUAACGUUAGAAAAACCGGGCCUUGGGGAUUUGUUUGAUUUUUUUUACAACAUUGUAUACUGUAUUAAAUGAACACUUUUCCUGUUGGUACAUUUUAUUGAAGUUAAAACAUUCAUUUUUAUUAGUUUAUCCCCUCCAAAAUAAUUGUACAGUUUGCUGUUUUGCAUACUAUGUGAUGUGCUGCAGCUAUCUAUGUUACUGUACAUUUUAAUUAUGAUGUUUCCUUGCAUGUUUGUGUGAUAGUGACAAACAGAACGUUUUAAGGAAAUGUCAAGUUUACUAUAGCAUUAGCCCAUUCAUAGCCGCUAACUACCUUUUCUGGCCUAUUGAUGAUAGUAACUUCUGACCGGGGGAGUUUUGUUAAGAGCCCCGACGCUCUUUCUGAAUGUGAACACGCAUUGCUUCCGGGACGAAUUUUGAAACAUAAGGAACGUACACUACCGUUUAAAAGUUUGGGGUCAGUUAGAAAUGUCCUUGUUUUUGAAAGAGAAGCACAUUUUUUGUCCAUUAAAAUAAUUUCAAAUUGAUCAGAAAUACAGUGUAGACAUUGUUAAUGUUGUAAAUGACUAUUGUUACUGGAAACAGCUGAUUUUUAAUGGAAUAUCUAUAUUGGCGUACAGAGGCCCAUUAUCAGAAACCAUCACUCCUGUGUUCCAAUGGCACGUUGUGUUAGCUAAUCCAAGAUUAUCAUUUUAAAAAGCUAAUUGAUCAUUAGAAAACCCUUUUGCAAUUAUGUUAGCACAGCUGAAAUCUGUUGUUCUGAUUAAAGAAGCAAUAAAAACUUUCAAAAACAAGGAUAUUUCUACGUGACCCCAAACUUUUGAACAGUAGUGUAUAUAUUCAUAUCAGUGAGAAAAACAUUUACUUUAUAGGGUUAAGGUUCCCACACAGCCAUUUCUCCAUGUUACAGUGCUUGUUUAUGGAAAACAGACGGAAAACAGAAGCGACUACCUGUGUUAAUUAGCUAUCUGCGUCUCCGAACACCUGUGUGUAAACGGAAGGCAGACGCCACAAACGUGUUGUCACUGAACAAUACUGUCGGCUGUGUUAAUACUGGUUAAAACAGUGUACAGUUAGUGUGUAUUUUCCAUUUGUGAAAUGAUGUUGAUAUGAAAUGAAAGUAGAGGGAUUUAUGUUUCUAUAACCGUACCCCAAUUGAGAAUCGAUUUCUGUUUAGAUGCUGUUUUGGCUGGCAGAGCCAAAUUUGCCGAUUUGCCCUUUAAACAGAACACGUAAGGUCCUUGAACUAUAAGGAGUAACGCUAGCCUCCUUUGACCCAUUAUUGGGCAGCAUCUGCUGCUGUAUGUCUUACGUGGUGAAUACAUAUAGCCGAUCUGAAAUGGAGGUACAGAUCAAAUUAACCUCAAACUACCAAUGAAACCCAGAGCCGUUGUUUUGCCCUAACACCCUAGUGAUGAAUGCAUAACCUAAAUGGUAAGAGAAUCAUGAGGUUGAAAAAUAUUUGAAAGAUAUUAGGACUAAGAACAUUUUUCAAAAAGUUUCAUGGUCAGAAAGCAUGUUACUUUUCUACUGUAUUUUUAAUGGAAUUAAAAGUCAUAUUUUUCUACA